AUGGUUGUACUGUCACACCACUGUCCCAGGUUAGAGUACAAAUGUAUCAUACAGAUCAAACAGUGUACUGAUGGAAACAGAGAUAAUCCUGUACAGGUGUUACAAUGUAUACAGUCCACCGGAGAUUAUAUCACGUCCUCUAAGUCAUUAUCUAAAGGUAUCAUACAGAUUAAACAGUGUACUGACGGAAACGGGGAUAAUCCUGUACAGUGUAAACUAAAUUCUGCCGAGUUUCAUCCAACCUCACAAGUGAUGCUGGUAGCUGGUAUGAAUCAGACUCUAAAUCUGUUUCAGGUUGAUGGCAAAAAUAACCCAAAGAUACAGAGUAUAUUCUUAGAGAAUUAUCCAAUAUACUCAGCUCAUUUUAGUGCCAAUGGAGAGGAGGUUAUCAUGGGGUCAAAACAUAAAGGUUUUCAUUAUUAUGACAUGAUGGUUGGAAAGAUGAUCAGUGUACCUCCUGUUAAAGGUUUAGGAGAAGUAAAUAUGAAGAGAUUUGUUGUGUCACCUGAUGGAAGAUUUAUAGCAUUCCUAGGACUAUAUGGAAGUAUACACUUAUUGUCAGCCAAGUCGAAAGAAUUGAUCUAUACACAGAAGAUGAAUGGUAGUGUCGGUGGUGUAUGUUUUUCACAAGAUGGAAGUACAAUGUAUUCAUAUGGGGAUGAUGGUGAUGUAUAUAUAUGGGAUAUGAAGACACGUGACUGUAUUCACAGAUUUAUAGACGAUGGAUGUACAAAAGGAAUGUCUAUUGCUGUUUCUCAUGAUCAUAAUUUCUUAGCUUGUGGAUCCUAUAGUGGUGUUGUGAACAUUUACGAACCAUCAGUGUGUCUUAAAUCUAGGUCACCCAAACCAUUGAAAGCAUUAUUAAAUUUAACCACACCUUGUACGAACUUAGUAUUUAAUUCAACAUCAGAAAUAUUAGCUAUGUGUUCAGAUUCUGCAGAAAGAGCAGUAAAAUUAGUACAUGUGCCUUCACAGACAGUGUUCUCUAACUUUCCUGAUAGACUAGAUGCUAAAUUACGUAUCCCUUUGUGUAUGGACUUCUCAAGAAAUAGUGGUUAUUUUACCGUUGGCACAAACAAGGGUUUAGCCCUACUUUACAGGGUGAAGCACUACAGCAACUACUAGUCAUACCUAUUAAACAAACAAUUAACAUGCAGGUCAUCUAAAAGGAGAUACAGAUCGAUGAACAUCAAAUAAAACCAGAUUCAACAGAUAUUAUACUGUAUAAGCCUGUUUAAGGUUUCCAUUGUUAUUUGAUGCCAUAGAGAACAUAUAUCCAGUUUUAUUACUAUAUAAAGAAGUGAACUUUGGAAAUUAUAUAUUUAUAGACAUUGUCAAUAUAUUUGCAAUGUACAUGAAUCUUUUAGCAAUGUUAUAUUUAUGGUACAUGUAUUAUCAGUGACUUUUAUAAUAUAACUUAUCAUUGAUGUAGAUAUAUUGGUAAGAUUAGGAAUAUUUGUUAGUUAGUGAUGCAAACUGAUUUAGUUAUUUGAUACUUUAGAACACCAAACAUUGCUAAAUAGUUUAUAUUGUAUAAUUAUACUCUUAUUGACAUUUGAAAUUUUAACAUCAAUUGAAGUCACAACAAGAACAAGCUGUCUGUAUCUGUCACAAUGUUUUACAAAUCUGAAUUAAAUGAUGUAAAAAU